AAUUGACGCGCAGAUUGAUACAGAGUAGUAGUAGUAUAUUCGUAUCCUUGUCCUAUUAAGGCUAUUUCCGGGUGUAGUAAUCCAAGUGUAUUAGGUAGGAAACAAAUGUGAUUACCUUAAAUAUAAGGCAAGCAACUAGUCCUCGUGAAAAAGACAAGGGAACCCCAGUUUGCAAAAGAUACAUAUAGAGAUGGAAUCCUAUAGUGGUGGUUGUGUACACUGGAAAAAAGAUGACGUUGACGUCUACGAAUCGUAUUCCACUCUUCCUCUUUGGAGUAAAGAAUAAAAUUUGUUCACUCGUUCUUUAUGGAAAAAAAGAACUUUUGACUUUUUUUGUGAAAGAGUCCGGCCUAUUAAAAGCCCAUCUUAGGCCCUAAGUUUAUUUUAUUUUGUAAUUGUGUUUACAAGUCAAAAAACCUAACCGUGAGUGAGUUUGGUAAUUUGUCAAAGCUCAAACGUAAAGACUACUUACGACAUUGAAGCAUGCAUGAUUGAGCUUUGUGACUUGAGUCUGAGAUACAGAUAUAUAUAAAAAAAUCUAUAUCAUAAUACGUUACAACUUCAUCCUUUGUUAACCUAAUAGUAACGAAACAACUUGUUGAAAUGAAUAGAUAGCACAAUAUUUUUUUAAUCAGCAGAUAAAAUAAAUCUCGUUGACAAAUAAACACACUAUAUAACAAAUAUCUUGGAUUGUGUUAUGUACAAUCUCUGUCGCGCCUCUUUUAUCCUUGUCCUUUGCUCGUUUCAUUUUCCUAUUUUCUAUACUACUUUUCUCAAAAGGUAUUUCGUCCUCAAAUAACUCUUCCAAGAAAAGAAGAAAAUAAUAAAACUAUAUAUAUCUUGUCGCGAUCAUAUGAUAUUAUAUGCAUAAUUUAUACAUGAGUUCAAUAAACAGCGGCACAUAUAUACUUGAUGGAAAGACUUUCUCGAGAAAGGUUUCUAUACAAUAAAACAAAAUCUUUCUCUUCGGAUAUCUAUCAUCGAUCGAUCCUUGUUGGUUUACUUACACAAACUCUAAUCAAAGCGGAGCAUGGCGGAGGAAUCAUACGACGAAGAGUGCGACUACCUGUUCAAGGCUGUUCUGAUAGGAGACUCGGCCGUCGGGAAAUCAAACCUCUUGUCGAGAUUCUCGAGAGAUGAGUUUCGGUUAGACUCUAAACCAACCAUCGGAGUAGACUUUGCUUACAGAAAUGUUCGCGUUGCUGAUAAGACCAUCAAAGCUCAAAUAUGGGACACCGCCGGCCAAGAAAGAUUUAGAGCGAUAACGAGUUCGUAUUACCGUGGAGCCUUAGGAGCUUUACUAAUCUACGACAUCACAAGGCGAACCACUUUUGAAAACAUUAAAAAAUGGUUGUCGGAGCUCAGAGACUUCUCUAGUCCGGACACCGUCAUUGUCCUCGUGGGUAACAAAUCCGAUCUCCGGCAGUCUAGAGAGGUUGAGGAAGAAGAGGGUAAGACUUUCGCCGAGUCAGAGGGUCUCUAUUUUCUCGAAACGUCGGCUCUAGAGAACCAAAACGUCGAGGAAGCGUUUCUAAGCAUGAUCGGACGGAUACAUGAAGUUUUGACUCAGAAGAUCGUUUUAGACAGUAGACCCAACGGUGACGGUACCGUCAUUCCCGCGGGUACAGAGAUUGUGAAUAUUCAUGAAGUUACCGCCACUAGACCGUUGAGUACUUCACUCUCAAGUUGUUGUUACAACAAGUAAAUAAACUGAUUUAUCUAUUUUUUUUUUUUAUUAAUACUGUUUUGAAAUUAUCAGUGAUGUAAAAAUUAAGAAUUGUUGAAAUGUUGGCUUGGCUAGACUUUGUCUUAUACAUUUUAUGAUUUUAAUGACAAAAACCACAAAACGUAACUAUGAUU